AUGUCAGAGAUCCGUGCAGGUGCAGGGGCCGGUAUCCGCAUGUCGGCUUCAGAUGGGUUCAUGCACUGCAAUUCAGGAAACAUCAGGCUUAGAGGGGGGUACUCUAAGUUUCUUGACGAAUUUCCAAACACGGAUGAUGAAGCAGAAGGCGGAGCCAACUACGAAUUCCAUGAAGUUGCAGAAGAAAUGAAGCAAAUGCUCUUGAACGGCACAACUCCAGUGGACCCUGAGCUCGUGAAGAGAAAGAAAGACCCAAAUGCGUUACCAAAGAGGGGCAAUGUGCCUGAUGAAUUUCAACGCAGGUUCAAGAAAUGUAACAAAUCUCUAGAUCCAUAUGCUGGAGCAAAAGAUCUUACAUCAUAA